UCAAGAUGCUAAGCAUUAGCUAUGACCAGCUUAUUUUUCUGAUGUCAACAACGAGACGUUAUGGCUGAUUUUCUCAUCAGGGAAUGUUUUUAUUACGAAUAUGCUGGAUUACUUUUAAUCUGUGGACCCUUAUGGACGAAUGGAAUAUAAGCAAUUAAAGAUUGGAUUUUCUAAAACGGCUUCUGGACGGCUUCAAAGUUAUGUUGUUGUGGCUGCUUGUCAUGUUUACAUUUUGACAUGCUGCAGUAUCUGUGUUAAAUGUGCCUUGGUUCUCGCUGUGUCCAUAAAAUGAACUUGAUGGUUGAAUUGUAGAGAAUCUAAGCUUUCCAAUGAUGUCUAGCAUGAUUUCCUGGAUAAGCAAGAAUUGUUUCAACAUCAGCAUGGUAAGCCCAUAAGCUGUUUCUAAUAAACAUGGGUCGAAGAGCAUUGCCUUGGACAAAAGAAGAACUGGUUUAAGGAAGUUCAGACUGAAACACUUGGGUGGGGAGUAGAAACACUAACUCUGUUCCUUAGUCGCUUGGUUACACACAAAAUCUUCACACAGAUUUCAAGAUGAAAGCACUGCUUCUACUUGUGAUGAUGACAACUUGUGCUGCCAUAACACAAGAUCUUUCUGGGAAGAUGUUUACCUUCCCACUUGAAAGCAACAGAGCUCGUGUGAUGUUUAAUACAACAAAAACAGAUUUUAAUGCCGUAACUGUUUGCCACAGAUCCUUUACGGACCUCAAAAGAGACCACAUCCUAUUCUCUUUAGCCACACCCACUCAUUCCAAUGACUUCCUGAUUUUCUGGGAUAACACCAAUAAAGAAAUGGAGACACACAUCAAGAACAAAAAAGCAGAAUUCGGAGGGCGUGACUACAAGCCAAACAUGUGGCACUCUGUCUGCACCACAUGGGAAGCUUCAUCUGGCCUGGUGCAGCUAUGGUUUGAUGGACAGCCCUCUGUUAGGAAAUUUACAAGCUCGGGAUUUAACAUCAGGGGACCUGUCAUAAUUAUGAUAGGCCAGGAGCAGGACAGUCAUGGUGGUGGUUUUGACAGCAAGCAGUCUUUCGUUGGCAUGAUGUCUGAUGUCUACAUGUGGGACUACGUCCUCUCUUCCUGUGAGAUUCAGAAUUAUGUGGAUGAUCGAAACUUCACACCGGGAAAUGUGCUGAACUGGAGGGCACUGGAUUAUCAGAUUAUUGACAAAGUGUUCCUAGAAAAUAAAAUAACUGUUUGUUACUAGCUUGUUAAAACAAACAUAUCAACAAAAAUACAAUUAAUAUUCAGUCACUAAUAUUAAUCUAUAAUGUUUUGAUUAUUUCUUUUUGAUUGCUUUGAGUUCAAACUGAACUUUCUAUUUUGCCAAAUAACAGUCAAUAAAAAAGUAACACACUUAAAAUUAUUUGCAUAAGGAAAAAAUGUAACUUCUUUGUGUAAACAUUAUUCAUUUUUCAUAUAAUUAAAGAUUUGUUUUCUCUUUG